CGUCAGAGCAAGGCGCGUGACGUCACGGCCGUACCUGAGUUUCGGUGGACGGUGAAACUUUGUAGCAGAGAUUGAAACGCACGAGAAACGCGCCUCUCCCGGUUUUCUCACGGGCUCGCGGCGAAAGUGCGGGCGCGUUGUCUGAUCUGCGAGCCGUUUAUGACGACUUAAAUCAGUUUAAUUCACAAAGCGGCUCGUUUUCAGCGGCAGAGGCCUCGGGAUUGCCGUGUUUUUUUCCUGCUUUGGCGCUUCCUGAAACCCUCAGAAGGCCGUGAUGUCCUCUCACCCUCGGCGCGCGCGGCUGAAGCCCUGGCUCGUGUCUCAGGUGGAUAACGGGGUGUUUCCGGGUCUGGUGUGGCUGGACCGCGAGGCCAAGCGCUUUCAGAUCCCCUGGAAACACGCCACGCGCCACACGCCGCAGCAGGAGGAGGAGAACACCAUCUUCAAGGUGAGCGAAGGGCCGGGAGGAGUAUAUCAGGAAGGCGUGGACGAGCCGGAUCCGGCCAAAUGGAAAGCGCAGCUGAGGUGCGCCCUGAACAAGAGCCGCGAGUUCAACCUCAUCUACGACGGCACCAAAGAGGUUCCCAUGAACCCGCUGAAGAUCUACGACGUGUGUGACAUCCCUCAGACCUCCAGCAACCCCGGCUCUGUUCCCACGUAUGAGACGGACGGUGAUGAAGACGACGUUCCUGACACCCCCGAGCCUCCUCCUCCUCCGUAUCCUCCUCACGGCAUGAGCUCGUCCCCGCUGGCCCCGGUCUGGGCGUCCCCGGGCCCCGUGUCUCCGCUGCAGCCGCCCAGCUGCCCUCCCCCCGCCCCUCCCCCGGCCGAGGUGUGGCCCAAGAAAGAGCCGCAGGACGUGGAGAUGCAGCCGCCGCCGAUGGAGAUCCAGACGCCCACGCCGCUGGACGCCAUGUUCGCCACGCCUGAGACCUGGAUCAGCUCCCUGCCCAUGACCGACCUGGAGGUGCAGUUCUACUACCGCGGGAAGGAGGUGUGUCCUCCGGUGACGGUCAGUAAUCCUCAGGGCUGUCGUCUGUUCUACGGGGAUCUGGGGCCCAUCGUCAAUCAGGAGGAGCUGUUUGGCCCCGUGAGCCUGGAGCAGGUGCGCUUCCCCUCCACCGAGCACAUCUCUAACGACAAGCAGCGUGUGUUCACCAGCCGCCUGCUGGACGUGAUGGACCGAGGACUCAUCCUGGAGGUGAGCGGACACGACAUCUACGCCAUGCGUCUCUGUCAGUGUAAGGUGUACUGGUCCGGCCCCUGCGCUCCCAACCCCAACACCCCCAACCUGAUCGAGCGCCAGCACAAGGUCAAGCUCUUCUGCCUCGAGUCCUUCCUCAGCGGUGUGAUCGCUCACCAGCGCGGCAUGCUUUCGUCUGAGUCUCCGCUCUUUGACAUUCAUCUGUGUUUCGGGGAGGAGUGGCCUGAUGGCAGACCCCGAGAACGUAAACUCAUCAUGGUGCAGGUGGUGCCGGUGGUGGCGCGGAUGAUCAGCGAGAUGUUCUCGGGCGACUGCACACGCUCCUUCGACAGCGGCAGUGUGCGGCUGCAGAUCUCUAUCCCGGACAUCAAGGACAACAUCGUGACGCACCUGAAGCAGCUGUACCGGCUCCUGCAGACGCACCAGGGUCAGGAGAACUGGCCGCUGCCUCCCAGCAUGCAGCUCCCGCAGACACAGCACUGACCCCGGUGACCGCUUUUAUCAGCCGCUGUCUCUGAUGGCUGAGCUUUUAGCUGAGCUUUUACUGCAGACCUAUGUUACGCGUGUGAACUGCUUCUCGCACUUUCCCUUUUAACCGCAUCAUUUGUUUGACGUCCCAUCAUGUAGAUUUAUGUAAUAAUGUUCUAUGGAUUUAUCAAAUAAAAAGAGAAAAACACAAA